AUGGAUUCUACGCAACCUUUACUUAAUCGGAGUUUAAGCAGAGCUUCCCGCACAGGCACACUAACCACAUGGGAAUGCGCAAAGAAGGAUAUUGAAUUGAUUUUUUUAUCUUCUCCCGUUAAUGUUUUACUUUUGUUUGUGCCAUUGGGUUUGAUAUGGGGUUAUGGUCAGAUGUCUCAUACAUGGAGCUUCGUCUUUAAUUUCUUGGCGAUAGUUCCCCUUGCUGCCGUAUUGGCGAAUGCCACUGAACAGUUGGCCGACAAAGCUGGCAGUACAAUUGGCGGUCUUUUGAAUGCUACGUUUGGUAAUGCUGUUGAAUUAAUUGUCUCUGUAAUUGCGUUGAGAGAGGGUCAAGUCAGAAUUGUCCAAGCUUCAAUGUUAGGUAGUCUACUGUCAAAUCUGUUACUGGUUCUAGGAUUUUGCUUUGUCUUUGGUGGAUACAAUGGUUUACAACAGUCGUUCAAUCAAACUGCUGCCCAGACAAUGUCCUCCUUAUUGGCUAUCUCUUGUGCUUCUUUGCUAAUUCCUGCCGCCUUCAGAGCAACCAUUCCCCACAGCAAGGAAGAUUGGGUUAUUGAAGAUAAAAUUCUGGCAUUAUCAAGAUAUACCUCUAUUAUCCUUCUAAUCGUCUAUGUUUUAUUUUUGGUUUUCCAAUUGGGGAGUCAUCAUAUGAUUUUCGAACAACAAGAAGAAGAAACUGACGAAAUUAUCAGCCAAUAUUCAAGAAAGGGUUCUCAUCACGAACUAAGUAUCAAGUCGGCCUUGAUUAUUCUACUAGGUGCAACAAUUCUGGUUUCUAUUUGUGCCGAUUUCCUAGUUGGUACGAUAGAUAAUGUUGUCGCAUCCACCGGUUUAUCCAAGACCUUCAUCGGUUUGAUUAUUAUCCCAAUUGUUGGUAAUGCAGCUGAGCACGUUACAUCCGUGAUGGUUGCCAUGAAAAACAAGAUGGAUUUAGCAAUUAGCGUUGCCGUCGGCUCCUCAUUACAGAUCGCUCUUAUGGUGACACCUUUCAUGGUGUUAGUUGGCUGGGUGAUUGAUGUGCCAAUGACCCUGAACUUCUCUACUUUCGAAACCACAACUUUAUUCAUCUCUAUCUUCUUGUCGAAUUACUUGAUUUUAGACGGUGAAUCAAAUUGGCUAGAAGGUGUUAUGGCACUAGCCAUGUAUAUUCUAAUUGCCAUGGCCUUCUUCUUCUACCCCGAUGAACCAAUGCCUUCUCAGGUGGCUGAACAAGUGAUUAAAUCAGUAUUGUGA